AUGUCCUCCAUGGCUGUGGACAGCACAACUUCAACCGUUUCGACUUCAUCUGCUUCGGAAUGCUGCUAUGUCUGUACUGAAUGCCCUAACUCCUUUUCUUCCUUAAAUGAACUGGAAAAACAUUUGCUCAGACACAAUAAAAACAACAACGAAGAGCAUGAAGAGGAAGAAAUGGGUCAGCAUAGCCCAAGUAGUUCUGAAUCUGCUCGCGGUGGUGACGAUGAAAUCAUGUUAGAUGUCGAUAUGGAAGAUAGCAUGAUGGAUUUGAAGCCUGGAUAUCAUUGUCGAUUCUGCCGUCAAUCCUUCGAUGACCAAAGUCAAUUGAAUGUUCACUAUACUCACACACAUCGUGAUAAGCCACAGUAUGAAUGUGAGAUUUGUCAUACUGUUUUCGCUGUAAAGAGAGAGCUAUCAACUCAUAUGAGGAUACACAGUGGAGAACAGCCACACAAGUGUACGCAAUGCGGAAAAGAGUUUGGUACUCGGCAGCUUCUGAAAAAACAUUGGAUGUGGCAUACAGGAGAAAGAAACCAUGUUUGCAAGCAUUGUAACAAAGCAUUCUUCCAGAAAGGGCAUUUGACCCAACAUUUGAUGAUUCACUCCGGUGGUCGUCCCCACCAAUGCGAACUAUGCCAGAAAACCUUCAUUUUCAAGUUCGAUCUCAAUCGCCAUAUGAAAAUUCACGCUGAGCGUGGCUUCUCUUGCACUCAGUGUGGACGCUCUUUCCAGCGUCAGAAUUCUCUUGAUGAACACAUGAUGAAAUGCAAAGGAAAAUCCAUUGCUGUUCGUUCUUCGCCUAUCCGAACGCCACCUGGCUCAUAUUCUCCUUCACCUUUCCGAUUCCCUCCUACUGCAGCAACUACUAAACCCAAAAACUCAAUGAGCCCAUCUCAAGAAUCUCUUUUCCCACUUCUUAAUCAAUCAGUUCUGAACUUCACCACUGAUCAAAUGGCUAAGAUGGCUCAGAGUCUUUUGGCUCAACAGAACCAGCAACGAGCUCUGUCAGCUCUUUUCUUAUCUGCAUCAAAUGUACCACAAGUUCAAAACUUGGUGAAUUAUUCGUCUGCUUCAUCAACGUCGGUAGACUUCCCUGAUUCGCCUACAACAAGCUCUCAACCUGUUGCUCCAACCCCCUCCCCAUACAUGUGCAUGGUGUGCAACAAACAGUUCCCCAAUCAACAAUUUUACACUCUUCACAUGUACACAUCACAUUUUCAAACAAACUCCACGUGCAAAGAUGAUCUAGAGAAUACAACUCCUCUUCUUGCUUCAUCCUUGUUUGGGCCUGUUAAUCCUAUCAAGACUGAGGAUGAAGAGCAAAUGAUAAACGUUCACAGCGAAACAGCAACUAAUUCGUCCUGUGCCUCAAGUCCCUUGAAAGCUUCUCCUGUGUCAUCACACUCGCCUGCAACAUUCAUGGCGUCUUCACCUUUAUCGCCAAAGAAGGCUACCUUAGACGAUAUGAAGCACGACCAAUGUUCUGACUGUGAUGUCCAUAAGAACAGAACAGAGGAGUUAGAGAAUGCUUUGAGAUUGAAAUCAGAUGAGCUCCAGAAGUACAAGGAUAUGAUGAAAGCCGUCGUUACUACAGCUGGUCAUCUCUUAAACCAAUGUUCAACAGAGAAUGUGUACAUCGCCCAUACAAAAAACAUUUUCAAUCAGCUCCAAUCAACUCUGUUGACGUCUGAAUGA